GGGCGUGGCCGGCUGAGUCCAGGAAGUUUGGCCGCGGAGUAGACUGUCAGCAGCAGCAGCAGCAGCAUGGAGAGCGGGGCGUACGGGGCGGCCAGGGCCGGGGGCAGCUUCAGCCUGGAGGACUUCGUCAGGAGGCCGGAGACCAUACUCAGGGCUGUGAGCGCGAUUUUUGGGCUCAUUGUCUUUGCCUGCAUUCUGACGGACGGCUACGUCAGUAAACCGCAUGACUCCACGCUUCUUUGUAUCUUCAACGAGAACAUGGAUGCCUGUCACUACGGUGUGGGGAUCGGCGUUCUGGCCUUCUUAGGAGCCCUGGGCUUUCUUGCUGUAGACGUCUACUUCCCAAACCUCAGCAACGUCAACACUCGGAAGUACAUUGUGUUGGUAGACCUGGGCUUUUCAGGCCUCUGGACUUUCUUGUGGUUUGUCGGCUUCUGCUUCUUGGCCAAUCAGUGGGCAUCCACAAAAUCCGAAUUAUAUGCUUUGGGGGGUGCGGACAAUGCUCGGGCAGCCAUUGCCUUCAGCUUCUUCUCCAUCCUGUCCUGGUUCCCUCUGGCAAGCCUGGCCUAUAAGAGGUACCGCAUGGGAGUGGACGACUUCAACACAAGCUACAUGGAUCCCAACUUGGCUGCCGCGUCGCCCUAUUCCAGCUACCCGGAUGCCACCAGCGAUAACUACCAGCGGCCACCGUUCACACAAAGUGCAGAGACAGACGACGGAUACAAGCCGCCAACGUACUGAGCAUCCCGUCUCUGCGCUCCCAGAGCUGUAUAGACCGAGUCAGCAGGCGCCACUGAUGCAGACUGUUGGCUCCAUGGCUUCCCGAGCCUGGCCACGUUCUUCCCAGGUGCCUUAUCUACGUGCUGCCAGCAGUAAGAUGCCGGGUCAUCGCCAACGCCACGUCCAGGGACGCCGAUGACGUCUUGUGUUUUACAUCCUAUAGUCCAGGGAUGCUCAACCUGCGGCCCUCUAGCUGUUGCCAAACUACAACUGCCAACAUGCCCUGAUAGCUGUAGGCUGUCUGGGCAUGCUGGGAGUUGUAGUUUUGCAACAGCUGGAGGUCCGCAGGUUGGGCAUCCCUGCUAUAGUCCAUUAGAUAUCGAAAUUAAGAUAUUUUUUUUGCUUUGUUCUUUUAAUUUCUCACUCCAAACUUGACGCUAGAUUUUGAAGGGUCGCUGGUUGUGACCGAGGAUCAGUCACUGGAUAUUUAAGCUUCAGGUAUACACAGCCAUAUUCCCAGAUACUGCUCGCCCUAACCCUCAAGCUUCACGGGAGCUGUUAACCAAAAUAGCGCCAUCUAGUGGACCUUAUGAUCAUCCCCCCGCCCCCAAAUUGCAGCCAGUUGCCACCAGGGGGCAUGCUUGAGUCAUCGCCUCCAGUUAAAAACGUGGGUCCUUUCAUAUCAGCUCAUGCCAUCUUUUAUAUAAACCAGAUGACCCCUUAAAUGGGUUAGACAGAUGUGGUUUUCUUCCAAAAACAGCACCACACCUGUCCACAGGUUGUGCGUGGUAUUGCAGCUCAGCCCCUUUCAUUUCAUUAAAGCUGAGUUUCGGUCCCGGAGAGGUCUGAAGCUGUCCAAAAGAGGGGGGAACGGAGGCGGAACUACAAAUUGAUGCAAAUUAAGUGUUAAUUUUUAGUCCAGACGUUUUCAAAGUUGUUUCUAAAAAAGGCAGCCGUUUCUUUUCAAAUCUUGUACAACCCCUUUAAAAGCACCAAAGUCCUCAGAGAGACCGUUCAUUUUAAGUAAGGGCAUCUAUGAGCUGAUCAAAGGGCUAGGCUAGAAUCCAGCUGAAAAGGACUCGGGACACUCCCCCUGAUUCUAAUUGGCUGACAGUAACUCCUCCCAAACAUCCUUUUCAGUUGGAUGCCAGUCACAGUUUACAGUGUCUGGAUUUCUUCUUGGUGGCACAUUGAGGGUAAUUUUGGUAGAAUAAUGUGUAAAUAUCCCCAAGAACUGCGUGGUGGAGGUUUGUAUUUGAAAAUGUUUCACUUAUAGCACGUUACUUAUUAGAUUUUACACUUUUUAUUUUUAACCUGCCGAACCGUAUUCCCUCCAGCAUUGUUCACUAGUUUCAAGCAAAUUUGGCUACUCAAUGCAUAAAAUGUACUCACCAACCUUAACCCUCCCCCCGAUCGCUAUAAUGAAGGUCUAUUUUAUAUAACCACUGCCUUACACAUUGUGCCAAGCUGUUAAGGGGCAACGGAGAUUUUAUUUGCACGCAGCUGGGGGAGGGGGUGACGAGGUGCAAUCAUUCUGGUGCCGGGAGUAAUUAAACAUCUGUUGUGUCACGUUGCACAGGUUUGAAUUUCAAUAAAGAUUUUUUUUUUCUAUCGCCAAA